AUGAGAAGCCUAUACCACACGAUCGCCCCAACUACAAUACCAUUCGCUAACUCUCCUUCAGAAGCGCUACAGCAGAACAUGGCCUCCCUCUCCGUCGACGCCCAAAAACGCGCUGAAAAGGACGCACAAAAGAAAGCCGCCAAAGCCGCGACCGCCGAAGCACGAGCAGCCGAGACACGCGCCUCUUCCAAGAUUCUCAUCAAACGCAUAGAGCGUAACAAGCGGAAAUACGUCACCGCCGUACAGGGUCUGGAAGCCUUCGGACUCGACAUCAAGAAGGUGGCCAAGGACUUCGGCAAGAAGUUCGCGACGGGAUCAAGUGUGACCAAGAUCCCAGGUGGUGGCGAGGAGAUCACAGUGCAAGGUGAUCUGAGCGAUGACAUCCUGGAGUUCAUGGUGGAUAAGUAUGAAGUGCCCGAGGAUAAUUGCGAGUUGAUAGAGGAUAAGAAGAAGAAGAAGGCCGAGGGAGGUUGA